GGGAAAAUGGCAGUUGGACAGAGCAUGCCGAAGGGGACUCUCGCCACCAGCCUGAGCUUCCCGAGCAGCGGCAGCACGAGGAUUCUGGGGAGGAAGAGGGUCGCCGUUUCGCCGGCGCCGAGCCCCUCGGGUCCGCACUCGCCCGUGCGGGCUCUGCGCAAGCAGCGCAGCAUCAGGUUCCACAUGGACGACGCCGUCUGCCUUCUCGAGUCGCUGCCUCAAGAUGUCUUGAUUAAAGUCCUGUGCAAGGUGAACCACAGCGACCUGAGGCAGCUCCUGCUAGUGUCCAAACCAGUCAGCGAAGCGACUGUAGUUGCGAAAGAGCUGCAUUUCGCCUUCGCGACGCCGUCGAAGGCCGCCGCUGCUGGAGACGAUGAGGACGAUGACGAAGGCCCCGGGGCGCCCAAGCAACGCAGGGUUGCACGGUCGCGCUACGGGGGCAAGAACUUGGCGAGCGUCACCGUCAAUCUGUCUGAAUCCUUCAGCAGCUUGCUCUCUGACCCGGAUGUGGAGAUGUAA